ACGAGUGGCAGCAGGCAGUUUGCUGGCGCUGGGCUUCCUCGGGGGGAAAUUUUAUAUUGUUUGUAUCCGUUUUUGUAAAAAAUUGAAUACCAUGUUUCCUAGGAACUUUUAAUACUUUGAUACGCUGGUUUUGACAUUUUCUAACAACGGAAACUGGCAAGAAUUGGCUGUAGCUUGCCAGCUUGGAAACACUGGAUAUUUUUUUCCUCUUCUUUUCGUCAACGGCUGCUGAUGAGCCAGCGGAGACACUGAACAAAAUAAUAAUAAUAACACGACGUUUUUUUUUUAAAUGAAAUAUCACUCAGUGUAGUUGUAACCGAUGCACUGUCUUCCCUGUAUUUAAAAGCGACCUGCCGUUGCUGCUGCCAGCGAAGCUAACGGUCCGUUAACCUGAGUAUAGCCAAGCUAACGUUAACGGCAGCCAGCCUUAGGAGAGGAUGACGGCUGUUCAGCUAAUGAAUAUCCAAAGGUUAUUGGAAGCUGCGGAAUAUCUAGAAAGGAGAGAAAGAGAGUGUGAACACGGAUAUGCUUCGACAUUUCCGUCAAAUCAGAACACAAACUACCAGAGGCAAAGAAAAUUCCGGAAUAAGAAGUUCAGCAGUAACCACAAUAGGUCCACACACAAUGAGCUGGAGAAGAAUAGACGAGCUCACCUGCGGCUGUGUCUCGAGAGGUUGAAGGCCCUCAUACCCCUUGGACCCGACUGCAACCGCCACACCACCCUGGGCCUGCUCAACAAAGCCAAAGCACACAUAAAGAAACUUGAAGAGGCAGACAGGAAGAGCCAAUACCAGCUGGAGUCCCUGGAGCGGGAGCAGAGACACCUCCAGCGCCAACUGGAGCUGCUGAGGGGCGGCAGCAGUGCUGCAGCCCAGAGCAGCCCAGGGGAGGGGGAGAGGAUACGCAUGGAUAGUGUGGGCUCCACCCUCUGCUCCGACCGCUCUGACUCUGACCAAGAGGAGAUCGAGGUGGACGUGGAAAGCACGGAGUUCUCCCAUGGAGAGCUGGACAGUGUGAGCACAGCCAGCACCAGCGACCUGGACGACCACAGCAGCUUGCAGAGCAUGGCCAGCGACGAGGGCUACUCCUCCUGUAGUGUCAAACUUGCCUUCUCCUCCUAGAGCCCCGCACCACUACGGCCACCACCACCUGCCCGCCAAACCCGCCUGCCCUCCCGUUCGUUUGUCCAUCCAGCCAUGCCUAUGUACACACACCCAGUCACCUCAGACGACGGUCACGCCCCCCAGCUAAUGGCGUCCCCGUCGUUCCUGCCUCUCAGCAGCUCCAGCUCCUUUAGUUGCCCCCCCCACCUCCAUCCUGCGCUGCUGUUUGAGGAGCUCCACUGAGAGCUUUUCCUCACUCCUGAACUUUGAGCCGCCCCGACCAACACCGAUACCAGGGACCCAAACACAGACGUGAAACUGCCAACUGAUUUUAAUUUUCUUUCAGUGGGAGAUCAGAGACUUGAUUGAUUUAAAAUUGUUCAACAUCUUCAAUUUUAAACCCACACAAUUGAAAUGAACGAAGUGUCUGAAUUUUUUUAAAGAAACACAACCCCUGAUUUGAUCCAAAAUGCACUUAAAUUCGUAGGAUAUUGAAAAAAUUCAGAGUUUCUGUUUGGUUCUCUCUCCUGUGGUGUGUGUGUGUGUGUGUGUACAUACGUGUGUGUGUGUUGAGCUUGUCCUGUGUAUCCCUUCUUAACGUUCUGGUGUUGGGCCUGGAUAAACGGGAGCACAUCUAAUCUGGACUGUCAUCAAGACUGUGGGUGAACUUUGCCAUAUCAACACAGCUUGAGCGUGACUAACGUCCCAUCAUCCCUGCAUUUAACCCCCGUCUUAUUGUUUAUUUUCAUAUCCUCUGCUCGACACCACAGAAGCUCGGACACUCAAACUGGUGCUAUUGUGAAACAAACCAACGGGGAAGCAGAUCAGAUCCACCACCGCGAAGCUUGUAAAGCAAAACAAAGUGUGUCUACAGUGAUUGUUUCCAACCAAGCACCGAGGAAAACAACCAAAAAAAAAAAAAGAAAAAAAAAUGGAGGGAAAAACAACAACAUUCCUGUCGAAUGUGGGUGCUCAGUGCAUUUUCAAAGAGUGGAAAUUGUAACUUGUGUGUGUGUUUUCUGUUUUGGUUUCUCUCCCCUCGACAAGCAGCUACAAAAAGCUAUCCUGCACUUGCCUACUUUAGAGCUGUCCAUAGAAACGGCACAAACCAAGAGGUAAAAAAAAAAAAAAAAUACAAUAAAAAAAAAAUCAACAACAGCAACAAGGAAAAAGUUCAAAGGACAACAAACUUUGGAAUAGAUGUCCAUCCUGUCUCCAGCAGUAACAAGCAAUAACUCUUGUAGUCCUUUUUGUCUCGUCAGUUUGAACUCCUUCCCGUUUAUUUUUUCUCUCUUCUCCCCUAAAGACUGUGUGACCGUCCAAAAAGCAAAUUUCUUUUCUUAUUUUGUACAUACAAAUAGCUUAAUGAAUUAAACUUUAAAAAGGAGUUUAAAAAAAAGUUAGAGCUCAUGGAUAGAACUAUUGCCUCUGUUGCUGUUUGACCUGUGUUUAUUGUGCAUUUUAAAUUACAUUUUUGGAACGAUUUUAUCCUCUUCAGAGUUGGCAGUGGAUGUGGCAUGGACACUAUCACUUUGUUCGGUUUGCUGGUGGAAACUUUUAAAAGUUACUCAUUCUGUUGCUGCGCUGACAGAGAAGAAAAGUUACUUUUCAAAGCGAUUAUAAGAAAAAAACAGAACAACUUCCCAGUUGCAGAAAAGAAAAGCGGACCCAUUAUGACUUCUGUGGGAGAACGCUGAGUUUGUGUGGCACUCUUUUAUUUAUUUUUUUUCUCUUGUUUAUAAUGUUCAUGAAUUCGGGGGGGGGGGGGGAAUAAGCUCUAUGUGGCAUUCCACUGGUGGUCAGGUGAUCUGUGGAGGGAAAGCCUGAAGUGUGGGAAGGAGAAAACGGGUUGUAUGAUGUCAAUGUUCGCCAUCCCAACUCCACUGGCAUUAAGAAUUGCACUUCAACCACUGUUUUUAUUUUUUCUUUUCCACUAUCAUUUUCUCUCAUGGAGCUUACAUGGAACCUUUUGUAUGUGAAAGAAAAUAACAACAACCUCCCUUUUAAGAUAUUUAUUUCUCAAUCCCUCAAAGAACACAAGCAAACGGGGAAAAAGAAGUUAACUUAUUUUGGUUCUGUCUUAUUUUACUCCUCUUUUUGAUGCUUAUUCCUCAUUCCUUAUUUUAAGAAUUGUAUAUUUUAUGGCUUUUUUUUUUUUUGGGGUGGGGAGGGUGGGAGGGGUAAAGAAAUGUAGCCAUUUUGUUUCUUUUUUUCUGAUGUUUAACUCAAUGGACACUUGAAAUGUAAUUGGCCCCUAAGCUGCUCCUAGUGCUGAGCCUCGCCUGUUUAGAGUCACCAGCCUUGUCCGGAGCCGACCCCCCUGACAACAGCCUGUGAGGAUAAAUGCAGAUCUAAAACAAUAAGACAGACAAAAUGGCUUCCCUCCAUAACCAGCCUUCAAGGUGAAAUAUUCGCCAUCUUGUUGAUAAGUUCUCCUGUCUGGGUUGUUUUUGGGUCUGUGCUGACGGAGGGGGGUCAUCUCUGCACAAGGUUUAUCGAUAGCCAAGACUUUACUGGCAGAUAUUGAGCCAGCUACUACACAAUAACGGGGGUCUAAAACUCCACUUUCCUCUAUUAAGAGGAUUGUAGUCUCUAUUAGACUUGUGUUUUAGUUGACAAAAUGUGUCUUACAUUUACAAUUCAAUGCCUCCGACUGAGGAUUUAAAGAAAAAAAAACUCGACAUAAAAGAACAAAUCCUUUGGGUUCUCUGAAGGACAUCAUUAAGGUGUAGAGUUUGACAUGUAAGCUCUCAGCGGAGCUACGUUGAGGUUGUUGGACUUGGCACUGAAUCAGAAAGUCACCACUUCUGGUGCUUGAUUAUUUAAAAAAAAAAAAAUGCCAAAACCACCUCAGAACACCUCAGUGUCCUCUCUCUUCAUCUCUCUCUCUCUGAGGGACAGUUUACAUUUAUUCUUCCCCUGUUUAAGUUAUUAACCUUCAACUCUUUUUUGUUUUGUUUUCGUCUUCAUAUGUUGGUUUUAUGAACCUGCACUGCUGACAGGAAAGAAAAAAGAGGUCCCAUGUUUGACAGUAAUUGAAUUCCACUCCUCGUGCGGACCUGGAUCACAUCCUAAUGUUUUCCCCUGCUCGGAGUACAGUAUAUGUUUUACUGCAUUGGGGCAACUCUGAUAGUGUUGGGUUUUGUUGUUUAUCACUGAAAUGUGUGAAAACUGUCUGGCACUCAUUGUGUUGUCUCAUGUGGCAAACUGCUCUGAUCUUGUAUUCCCAGACGGGAUAAAACAAACUAUAAGAACUGAUUUCACUGAAGCCAGGUCUGUCCUCUCUCAUGUGUGUGAGAGCAUGUGAGUGUGUGCGUGUGUGUGUGUGUGUGUGUGUGUGUGUGUGUGUGUGUGUGUGUGUGUGCUACACGUCUUACCAAGGCUGAGCUUUAGAGAGGCACCUGGUUCAUGACUAGUCUGCACUGAUCUCAGUUGGGCUGGUUCCCAUCUACUUCUCAGUAAAUAUCGCACGUCUGUGUAUUCGUCAUAAGAAUGGCGAAUAUGUCCAGCGUCAGAUAACGGGGAGUGAAGGUUCUGUCACAUAAUUUGCAGCUAUUAUUUUGCACUGAAAGUAAACUGAGCUCGACUGUCAACUCAGUGCAGACUGGUCCUGGAUCAGCCCAGGUUAGUUGGGAUGUCUGACAAAGAGUUUCUGGCUAUGCUGCAGAUUCAAAACAAUAGCAUAUCUUCAUAAGCUGGUGAUCACAAAGCUAUAUUUUUACCUCUGUGUUUAAAGGUUUAGACAUGCGGUCCUGACUGUGGUUCAGGUUCACUUUCCAGGAGCGUUGAGUUCCAGUUUUGCAGCUUAUCGGCCAGAAGUGUACCGACCAGCCACGACAAAGUGGAAGUUACAGUGUCUUUUGUAAACCACACUCCAUUCUGGCGUCUGGCUUUUGAGCAAACGGGUCCAUGGGGUCAAGUCAGCCCAACCAAACGAGCAGUCCCACGUGGGGAGUCCUCCUGUUGUUCUGAACCUGUGGCCAUCCUUUGUAAAACAUGCAGUCUGAUGAUGAUUCUAGCCGUGUAAGUUGAAGAUGCAAUACUUACAAUAAAAACACCAAGAUUUUCAAACCUGAA